UCUCGCCUUCCCCUCCGGUGGGGCGCUCUGCUCGCCAUGGAGGACGGAAUCUAUGUGCCUCCAGACCUGACUCCUGAGGAGAGGCUGGAGCUGGAAAACAUCCGCCGGCGGAAGCAGGAGCUCCUGGUGGAAAUUCAGCGGCUGCGAGAUGAACUCAGCGAGGCCAUGAAUGAGGUGGAGGGGCUGGAAGCCAAUGAAGGAAGUAAAACUCUUCAGAGAAACCGGAAGAUGGGGAUGGGCCGCAAGAAAUUCAACAUGGAUCCUAAAAAAGGGAUCCAGUUCCUCGUGGAAAAUGAACUGCUGCGCUCCACCCCCGAGGACAUUGCUCGUUUCCUCUACAAAGGAGAAGGACUCAACAAGACGGCCAUUGGCGACUAUCUGGGCGAGCGAGAGGAGUUCAACAUUGCCGUGCUCCAUGCCUUUGUCGACUUGCAUGAAUUUACUGACCUCAACCUCGUGCAGGCCCUGAGACAAUUCCUAUGGAGCUUCCGAUUGCCAGGAGAAGCCCAGAAGAUCGACCGUAUGAUGGAGGCCUUUGCCCAGCGGUAUUGCUUAUGCAACCCGGGUGUCUUUCAGUCUACAGAUACCUGCUACGUCCUCUCCUUUGCGGUGAUCAUGCUCAACACCAGCCUCCACAACCCCAACGUCCGCGACAAGCCCACGGUUGAGAGGUUCAUCACCAUGAACCGCGGCAUCAACGACGGGGGGGACCUGCCUGAGGAACUGCUGCGGAACCUCUACGACAGCAUCCGUAACGAGCCGUUCAAGAUCCCCGAGGAUGAUGGGAACGACUUGACACACACUUUCUUUAACCCUGACCGGGAGGGCUGGCUCCUCAAACUGGGAGGGCGAGUAAAGACCUGGAAGAGACGCUGGUUCAUCUUGACAGACAACUGCCUCUAUUACUUUGAGUACACUACCGACAAGGAGCCGAGGGGAAUCAUUCCGCUGGAGAAUCUGAGCAUCCGGGAAGUGGAAGACCCACGGAAACCGAACUGCUUUGAGCUCUACAUUCCAAACAACAAAGGCCAGCUCAUCAAGGCCUGCAAGACUGAAGCCGACGGGCGGGUGGUUGAGGGAAACCACAUGGUCUACCGCAUCUCUGCGCCCACCCAGGAAGAGAAGGACGAGUGGAUCAAGUCUAUCAAAGCUGCCGUGAGCGUCGACCCAUUCUACGAGAUGCUGGCCGCUCGUAAGAAACGGAUUUCUGUGAAACAGAAACAGGAGCAGGCGUGAGGUGGGGCUGCUCCGGCGUCUCGCCCCUCCCUCCCC